GGUGGUGGCACGUGACCAUCUAAAUGCAUAAUCCAUUUCGCCAUUUCUCACCCGUUAUGUUGCAUGAAAUGUAUCAUUUCGAUUUCUUAAAGAUUUAGAGAAUGGAAUCUUUUCGAACAAGAACUUUAUCAUCGGGAGAAGAUGUCUCUGAAAUCAUAAGUAGAACGCCUGAACAUGCAAAUCGUAACUCUCACAGCAAUCAUAAAGGUAUCGACAAUUUUCCCUCGUUGUGGAGUGGUUUCACCGUUCACACAAGAGCUGACGAUAGCGACGAACACUCUGUGAAGAAAAAGACUCUAAGAGACCACAGCUAUAUUUACACGUUUUUAUCAACAGUGUUAUUUACUGUUACCCUAAUCGUGGAGAAGAUCUUUCAUUUUAAGCUUUUCGAAAGCAGCCAUGCGUCAAUAUUUUUCUUCUGGUUAGAAAGUUGUUCGAUUGCUCUAUUCUUCAGGUUCUGGGGAAGAAAGCGAAUUCGAAGUUUCAGGAGCCAGGCAAGACAUUUUUUCCCCAUGCUCUCUUUACAUGUAGUUACCGUGACUGCCUUUUCAGUAGAUUUUAAUUCAUCAAACUUCAAAGUAUCUGGAGGUUCUGCAGCAUAUAUGCUAUCUCUUGCCCUAACACCAGCAAUGGUUCUACUAGCAUCAUGGCAGACCAGUCGUCAGUGUUAUAGUGACAGGAUUCUUAUAUUUGUGGUUAUUUUAUGUUCUCUUCUCGUGGUUCUCUUCUGCUCACUCGAAGAUUCACCAGCUGAAUACAAAGUGUCAUUUAGGGAUGGAGUGUUUGCUUUAAUGAUGAGUGCUUCCUUGGCAUUUUUUACUGUGCAUGCAAAACGGUUUCUACCCAAGGCGUCAAGUCCAGAGCUACUUUAUUUGUUAAAUUUCAGUUGCGUUGUAUGUCUGCCAUUUAUUGCCUUGUUGUUUGGUGAGUUUCCUGCUCUGGAACAGGAGGUGUUACAGAGAGGAAUGGUGAAUGUGAUCUUCUGUGUGUUCAUUGUGGCUGUUCUUCGUUUAGCAAGCCAGGCAGCUCUUCUUUAUCAACUUAAAUUCUCAAGUCCUCUUCUAAGCACCAACACCCAAGGUUUCGCGUGGAUUUGGAUCACAAUAGCAAUCACGUUUUUAACCGUGGCAGAUAAAGGCGAACUCAUGAUGCCGGUAUUCGCGGCGUUUUGGUUAUAUGGACUAUUUUUAUUUCUGCCAGCCUUGUUUUCUGACCUGCAGUGGAUAUAAAUCAAAGAGUAGAAUAAAGAUAGCUCAGAAGAAAGACCUUGAAUCGAUGAGAGCUGCCGAAGGACACAAGUUGUCGGUAAACAUAAGGCGAGCUUAUGGUGAUAUUACGAGGCUAAGUACACCUGCUUGAGAUUUCCACCCUCUGCCUCGGGCUCGGCGAAUCUGUGAUCGCCUUGAACCUUUGGGAACUCAGAUCUGUUCAUGCUCAGAUCAAAUGAAUAAAGGCAAUCUUGGCACUUUUGGCUGACCAAUUGAUACAAAACCCGAUUAAUUUUUAUGAAACUGAUGAUGUUUAGCAGUUGUUGGUGUUGGGAAAAUUCAUGUCCACGGUGUUUUUUCUGGACUGUGGAUCCGGCAGCUCCUAAUCCCAAAAUGCAGACACUUUUUUUGGCUUUUUAAUCCACAAAAAAGGACAAAGGGCCAUCUGUUCUCGCAAGUUGCAUGUACAUAGUUCCCGCUUAAAAAUUUCCUCAUUCUGAAAAAUAAUUUUUAAGUCUACGAAGCUUUGUUCUGGAACCAAGGCCAGCACGCACAGACGACUAGUCGUUGUGACUUGUUUCUUCGACAACCCGCAAACUGCUUCCUAAGCAGUUCGCUGUGCCCUAGUAAUUAAUCCCUGCGGUAGUCACACGCAAUCAAGAGUUGUCUGAAUUGGUCCUACUUGUUGCAGGGACAAAAUUAUUUCGAGGGAUUCAGAGUUUCUCAAACAUUUUCCAUGCCACACGGGGUUUAUUGUUGCUACGACUUUUUCCUACGACGGGUAGCUGCCACCGCUCGUCGCCCAGUGUGUCGAGGCCUUUCAGAGCGCCAAAAUGCUCCACUUUGUUUUUAUUUGCCGUUGUAUGGCUUUGAGAUUCUUCAAAUGUUUUGAACUUGGCUUUUUAUAAGAGUUAGUUCCAGCCUCUUUCAGUCUCUCGGUCAUCGGCAACUAGCGAAAGAGUAGGUGAUUAAAAUCACCUACUCUUUCGCUAGUUUCCGAUGACGUUUUAAACAAAACAAAAAAAACAAAAAAAACUGCGAGAGCCUGGAAUUAGCAAAGGGAAUUAGGUCUGCUGUUAUUGGUUCAAAUAUUCAAAAUGGCUAUCAGUUGUAUUCAUAUUAUUUAACGAUUUCUUAGGCAACCACGUAGCAGAGAAUUUUUUGAAAUAAAAGUUUUUUUUAAUGUUGCAA